AGCAUUUGAACAAACAUUUCAAGAAGAACAAACAACACAAUAUCCAGUAAAAUCUUCAUUACAAAAAUCUCGAUCACUCAAAGAACGAAAUGCAUUUCAAUUAUUUAAUCAUAGACAACUUGUUAUUGAUUAUCUUCAAGGUCAAUUAGUACUUGCACAACGUGAAGAAAAUAAACGUUCACAAUUAUGGCGUAUGACAAGUAGUGGUUUAUUAGUACAUACAGGUUCAUCAUCACCACGAGAUUGGAGCAAUAAAAAUGAUACAUCCGAUGAUAUUCGACAAGCAUAUGUUUUAGAUAUUGAAGAAGAUUCAUCGAGUACACAUUCUUCUACACGCUAUACACGUUUAGUUAUUCGACGAUAUGAUUCUAAACGUACAUUAACACAAACAUGGAAAUUUCUUGAUGAUGGAUAUUUAUGUAUGGGACAAACACAAAUGUGUGUACAAGUAUUUGGUGAAUUAAAAGACAAAAGUGAAGUGGUACUUGGACCACGUCAUUUUAAUGGACAUGGUGUACUACUUCCACCAUCACCAACAAUGCAUAUUCGACCACAUCGACGUUUGAAAGGUUCAGGUCUUCUAUCUGCACGAACAUAUGCUGAUGGACCAACACGUAUUCUUGAAAUAGCUAACGUUACUACAUCUAAUUCAGCAGAUAAUCUCAAGUCAGAAACAUUGACAACAACACCAACAACAACUAAUCCUGUCACUGGUACUACUACUACUACUACUACUACUACAGAAGCAGUUAGUAAUGUAUUAUCUAUGAUUUAUCGUCUUGAUCUUCGUCUUGAAGCUGGUAUUGGUGUAUCUAUAAUAAAUUCAAAAGGACGUGAAUCAGAAGAACUUGUUUUUAUUAUAUUAAAUGAUAUUCGUCUUGGAUAUAAAGAUGAAAAUAAUGAACAAUCAAUUGAUGGUACAAUAGGUACAAUAAUUAUAUCAAAUCAAUUAUUAAUGACAGCAACACCAUGUUUACUCUAUGCUACAUAUGUCGAAGAUACAUCUAUACAAUCAGCUGUUCGUUUACAAGCAAGUUUACAAAAGCCAAGUGCAAAUUAUAAACAAUUAUAUAUUUUUCAUUAUCUAUUAAUUGGUAUAAAUUCUAUAACAAUUCAAAUUGAUGAAGUUCUUCUAUGGAAACUAGUUGAAUUUUUUAGUAUCGAUUUUUCAUCAUCAAAUAAUACAAAAUCUAAAACACAUGAUGAAAUAUAUGAUUUAGAUGAAGGUGAAUAUGAUACUCAACGUUUAUUAUCAUUAUUAACAUCAACACAAGCAACAAGAAUUUAUUUUAAUGAAUUAUCUAUAUCAUCUAUUAAUCUUGAUUUUAGUGUUUAUUGUGGACAUUCACGUUCAUUACCAACACAUUUAUUAACUAUAAAACGUCGUGCACCAUUUCCAUUAGUACGUUUCGAAAAUGCACAAAUACAUUUAAAAUCUUAUGAACAAAUUCAUAUAUUUAAUACAUAUGAUUUCUUUUUACUUGCACUUACAACACAUUAUGUUGAUGAACUUAAACGACAAGCAUUUAAAAUUUUAGGUAGUGUUGAUUUUCUUGGAAAUCCACUUGGAUUAUUUAAUGAUGUAACAGAUGGUGUUACAAGUUUUCUUGAUCAUGGAAAUGUUGCAGGUUUAGUUAAAAAUGUUGCACAUGGUGUAGCUGAUUCAACAUCAAAAUUUACUGGUACAUUAUCAUAUGGACUUGGUAAACUUGCUUUAGAUGAAGAACAUGAUGAUAUGCGAGAAGCUAUUGCAAAUAAUUAUCGUGGUUCAUCCAUCGGUCAUUUCAUUGGUGGAACAGUAGGUUUAGCAGCUGGAUUUAUUGGUGGUUUAACAUCAAUUAUAACACAACCAUAUAAAGGUGUAGUUGAAGAUGGUGUUGGUGGUUUAGUAAAAGGUUUUGCUAAAGGUAUUGUUGGAACAGUAAGUAAACCAGUAGUUGGAAUACUUGAUUUUGCUAAUGGUAUGGCAUUAGCAGUAAAAGAAGGUUCACGUUCAUCGAAUACAAUAUUAAGAAAUCGUAUGCGAACAACACGAUGCCCAACAAAUAUAUUUGGACUUCUUCAACCAUAUUCACAACUUGAUGCAAAUGGUCAAUCAUUAUUAUAUCAAAUGAAUAAAGGAGAUUUAACUGAAAGAUAUAUAACACGAAUUAUUCUUUCACAAACACCAGCCAAUUCAGCUUCGAAAAGAAAAUUAGAGAAUACUCAUAAUGAUGAAUAUGCACCUGAUCGACGAGGUGCUUGUAUACAUGCAAUGAUUACAUCUCAACGUAUUAUUAUUUAUCGAACAGUUAAUGAUCAAGAUGAACUUGAUUAUGAAAUAACUGAUAUAUUCUAUUUUAGUUCAAUUGCAAAUGUUGUUACCAUAGAAGAUGCAUAUCGCCGACCUUAUGUACAAUUUUUUCUUCAUAAUCAAUCUCAUCGUUCAAAUAAAACGACGACGACAACAACAGCAGGUGGUACUCAAUAUCAACAAUCUAUUUUACGAUGUGAUUUACAUGACCGUGCAUUACGAUUAACUCGUGAUAUUCAGCGAGCACGAGAUAUUUUCGAAGAAGAAAAAUUGACAUAUAUUCCACCCGAUGAUGAAGAUGAUGAUGAUGAUAACGAUAUACCACCAGGGGAACAACAACUAGAUGAAACAGUACAAAUGACUUAA